AUGGCGGCCAAGGUGGCUUCGCCGCUCGCGUUCCGCCGCGACGUGCGUGGCCCGCUCGGCCGGCCUCCUCCGGGCGGCUGCCGGACCGGGACCGGGAUGCCGGGGCUGCUGUACUGGAGCGGCGGCGCCGGCGGCAGCAGGGUGCUCGCGGCGCGGGCGCGCGGGAGGAACAGGUUCGGCGGCGGCGCCGGCGGGCGGGGCGCGACCAAGGACGAGGCGGCGGAGGAGGACGAGGAGGAGGUCGCCGAUGUGGUGAUCGUCGACGCAGGGGACGAGGAGGAGUUCGCCUCCGACGAGCUGUCCGGGUUCAGGGGCCUGGUUCUUGAUCUCUCUUACAGGCCUGUCAAUGUCGUGUGCUGGAAGCGCGCCAUCUGCCUGGAAUUCAUUGGGAAGGCCGAUGUGUUGGAGUACUAUGAUCAGACCGUCUCUUCGCCUAGCGGAUCCUUCUACAUUCCUGCAGUUUUAAGGUGUUGUUCAGGUUCCACAGUUGCUGCAGGUAGUAAAGAGAAGAAGAGUCAAGCAGAGCCUCAGCCAUAUUGUUCUUCUGGGGACAACUUGACAAUUGACCAUGUUAUUCCGAUUUCGCGUGGCGGUAAAUGGGAAUGGGAGAAUUUGGUGACUGCCUGUGCAAGAUGCAACUCCAGGAAGGGUCAGAAGACACUAGAGCAGGCAAACAUGAAGCUGCGCAAGAUCCCCAGGGCGCCCAAGGAGUACGAUAUAAUGGUUGUGCCCUUGACAAAAUCUGUAUUCAGAACGCUCAAGAGGAACCAUGGCCUCCCUGAAGUGUGGCUGCAGUACCUUUCCAGUCCAUCUCCAUGA